AUGUCGCCGCCAUUUGCUCGUGAGGAUACGCGUCCAACCCGACGCAGAAGUGGGAGACAACACAUUGAUGGAAAGCGACGCCGCCGAAGUUCUCUUCAGCUGGAUCGGGCCGCCCAAGCCAGCGACAGCAACAAGAAGCUGCUGCAGUCAACAAUCGUGCUCACGGAAACAGCAUGGCUUUUGCUUCUGGGUGGGGGAACCUUGGGAACGUUUGAUCGAGGUCAUGCCCAUUGCCCUGUUGUGCAUAGUCCCACAGACCGUGUGGUAUCGCGGCAUGGAUAUGCCUUGUAUCGGAUUAGUGCAGAGGUGGAUGCUAUGGACGUGCAACGGAUUAGGCGCGCGAGGGUCCAUGCAGACCUGUUAAACCAGCAGAACCAACAAGUAGUCAAUGGUGAAGUAAACAUCUGCCUGGGUGACCCGGAAAAAGGCACGAAUGAGGUGUGUAACGGUUUUACGGUGGCAGUUACUAAGUUAUUAGUUUCCGUACCACCUAAGUAG